CAGUAUGGCGGCUGGGAGCCGAAGUGGCUAAGGGGACGGUCUUGCGCGGAAUCCGCGUCCAUCCUUCCCGGGAGCUGCGGCGACGGUGCUGCCUGUUUCGCUAGUAUCGACCGGCUGGACCAAAGCCGCGAUGGCAUCAGGAACCGCAGGGCUGUGAGGCAGCGGAGCUCGAGCCGGCAGGGCGGGCAGAGCAGCAGAACCGGGUCGCGGACGAACCGAGCUGCCUCCAUGGAGCUGAGGGUUGGGAACCGGUACCGGCUGGGCCGGAAGAUCGGGAGCGGCUCCUUCGGGGACAUCUACCUGGGAACUGAUAUUGCCGCUGGAGAGGAGGUUGCAAUUAAGUUGGAAUGUGUGAAAACCAAACAUCCUCAGCUCCACAUCGAGAGCAAAAUCUACAAAAUGAUGCAGGGUGGAGUGGGUAUUCCCACAAUUAAGUGGUGUGGAGCUGAAGGGGACUACAACGUAAUGGUGAUGGAGCUGUUGGGACCGAGUCUUGAAGAUCUCUUCAAUUUUUGUUCAAGGAAAUUUAGUCUCAAGACAGUCCUAUUACUUGCUGACCAAAUGAUUAGUCGAAUUGAAUAUAUUCACUCUAAGAACUUCAUCCACCGAGACGUGAAGCCGGAUAACUUCUUAAUGGGCCUGGGGAAGAAAGGCAAUCUUGUCUACAUAAUAGACUUUGGAUUAGCAAAGAAGUAUCGAGAUGCUCGAACUCACCAACAUAUUCCAUAUCGUGAAAAUAAAAACUUAACAGGAACUGCCCGUUAUGCAUCCAUCAACACUCAUCUCGGAAUUGAGCAAUCUCGCAGAGAUGACUUGGAGUCCUUGGGCUAUGUACUGAUGUAUUUUAACCUGGGCUCCCUCCCCUGGCAGGGACUGAAAGCAGCAACAAAGAGGCAGAAAUACGAACGUAUCAGUGAAAAGAAAAUGUCUACACCCAUUGAGGUUUUAUGUAAAGGAUAUCCUUCUGAAUUUGCCACAUACUUGAAUUUCUGCCGUUCCUUGCGUUUUGAUGACAAACCAGACUAUUCCUAUCUGAGGCAAUUAUUCAGAAACCUCUUCCACCGACAAGGGUUCUCCUAUGACUAUGUGUUUGACUGGAACAUGCUGAAAUUUGGUGCAAGCAGAGCAGCUGAAGAUGCUGAACGUGAAAGACGAGAAAGAGAGGAAAGAUUGAGACAUACACGAAAUCCAGCUGUGCGUGGAUUACCCUCCACUGCUUCUGGCAGGCUGAGAGGAACACAAGAUGUAGCUCCUCCUGCUCCUCUUACCCCAACUUCACAUGCUGCCAACACCUCUCCUCGGCCAGUAUCUGGUAUGGAACGAGAAAGGAAAGUGAGUAUGAGAUUGCAUCGCGGCGCCCCAGUCAAUAUCUCGUCGUCUGACUUAACAGGCCGGCAAGAUACCUCUCGCAUGUCAACUUCGCAGAAUAGCAUUCCUUUCGAACACCAUGGCAAGUAGCUGCUCGUCUCCUUUCGUUGGAAGGCAGCACUGGGUCCAGCAGCAGGGAACAACAGCUGUGCAACUCAGGUCAUGCCCAUUUUGCUCCACAGCAAAUGGCCCAACUCCUUUCUUUCAGACUCAAAGAGUACCAGAGGCAAAGAUAAAGUCUUUGGUUUUCUGUCACAAGGACAUGCUGACUGCAUGCUAAUAAAUUCUGUCAUUUCAGUCCACUGGGUAACAUUCAUUCCGGUAAUAGCAUGUGGCUUGAUCUGGCCAGCGGGGUAGCAAAGCAUUUGAUUACAUCUUAAGUCUUACCAAUUUAAACUAGAACAAAAAAGGUAAGCAUAUGUUUAUUCAAACAUGGGGUUUUAUGUAAACUAGACCUAUGAUCUUUUCAGUGUACAUCAACAGAGACUCUUCAGAAGCUAAGCUUAGAGAGAUUCCUCCAGAAUUUCUCAGCAGGUACUUAGAAUUAGGCACAAAUAGGUGUGAGCCUUCUAGAUAGCAAAAUGUAGCUCUUGUUACAUUGAAGAGACUCUAAUUUUGAUUCACUUGGGUGUAGCCUUGAGAUUAUACCUUGAGGAGCCAGUCUUAGCUGGGGUACCAUAGGAUCCAAAAAAACCCACCAUAAAUGUAUUCUUAAACUGUGUUUUCUUAGGAGCUUUCCAGUUCUAAAGAGCAUCACAUGAUGAUAAAGACAGAUGGCUGGCAGGUCAGUACUCAAGAUAUUUAGUCAUAGCAGUUAUAAAACUUCACCUGCAAACAAAACCUGGAGCACUCUUGAGAAGACAAGAACGAUAAUUUCUGCAUGGAGCACCACAAAAUUAAUAGCUAUUAUUAUAAAUUAGUUGAUGCUUUUAAAAGUCUUCAGGAUUAUUUACAGCAGGAGCCCAUUUCCAUUUUGGAAUUGGCCAAACUAUGAGUCAUGGCAAAAGCAGUCCCCUUGCCCACAUUAAAUUCUGGCUGCCUGUCAGCUCGGUGUCACCUCUUAUUUUCUACUCUAUAAGCAGUCUGCUUCUGUAUAGCUAUUUGAGCAUGUGCAAAUGAAGCCAAAUUUUCAAAUCUGGGUGUUAAAAGUUAUUUUUUCUAAGCUUAUUUUCUCACACCCACAGUUUUUGACAACCAAAUACAUAUUUAUUCACAUUUGCAACAGUUUGCUAGAAAAGCAUUAAAAAAAAAUCUAAGUAUAAACGUACACAUCACAUUAAAGUGCGUUAACAAGAAACAAAAAGUCAUCUCACUUGCACAAAACUGAAGUGUACUCCCAUAAUCCUAAAGACAAGUGUGGCAGAGAGACACAGACACACAUACACAAGUCAGUACUUACUGCUGUAACGUGUAAGAGUUUGCGUUCUUCUGAAAGCCCACUGUUCACGAUUGCCUACCAGACUGAAGCUUUUCUUUGGGACGUAACGAAGGUGCAUACAUGAGUGUAUUUUGAAUUUUCAUUUGGAAGUUUGAUUGCUUGGUUAGGGGAAUGUUUUCAUUUCUUUUUAGAGAAUGAUUUUACAUUGUCUAACACACACGUUUGUUUGGAUGGGAUUUAGUAUUAACAAGCACAAGAUCUGUCUAGUCUUUCACACCAUACCUUCAUAUCAUCUUAAGUCUCAACUUUAGGGAACUAGCUGCUUUAGCAGCAUGUACUGCUGAAGACUUACUGUAAUGUAUUUAAGGACUGGAGAAAAAUAAAAUCUAGAGAUCGUGAUCUGAAACACACAGCUGCAUCACUUUUAAG